AUGCCUGCCAGCUGCUACGCAACUAGUGCCAAGACAGUCCCGGGUACAUGGGAAUUCCCUUCUCCUACCGCUGUGCAACCUCCCAAGUGGACGGAGACGCCGCUGGCACCCGGCACAGACUCGGACUGUGCAGCGUAUGUCAAUUGGGUAAAGCCGCUUCGAAAGGGGUCAGCUGUGAACAGAUGUUUUGUGGUGGCAGAUAUUUAUGAAGAAACACCGUAUGAUUUUGUGUCGCUGAACCCAUCUUUGUCUUAUGAUGACAAGAAACCCACGGAAUGCGAGCUCAAGGAAGGCUACCGUUACUGUCUACGAAAGAAUCCGAGACGUCGAGCUACUGCUGGUUUUGAAACAGCUAUAGCGGUGGUCCCAACCAAGAGCAGCAAUUCAAAUGCUUAG